AGUAUUACAAUAAAACCCACGUGGACGUUUGUUUUUUGUGAAAGGAGGAUUGGACUGCACAGAUAAGCGUAUCUUUCGAACUGAGCGGGAAUUUUGGAGUUCAAAGUACCAUUUUAAAUUAAAAAUUGGUAUAAACAAUCAACAUUAUUAGACUAUUGCGAUAUCUGAAAUUAAUAAGAGUAUUGCAUCAUCAUAGUAAACUUAGUCAUCCUUCGAAUUUUUUCAAGUUUUUUAUAAUACCUAAAUAUUAUCUAAACGAGAAUGUCGGAAACAAGUAAAGUUCCCGAACUUAACAACCAAGCUUCGCAGGAUGAAGGACAAAACGUUGUUCUUAAAAAAAGCUUAAGUCUUUUCAAUGGAGUUGGUAUUAUCGUUGGAAUCAUGAUCGGAUCAGGAAUCUUUAUUUCACCUAAAGGAGUUUUGAGUGAAGUAGAUUCAGUAGGAGCAUCACUUAUUAUUUGGGCUCUCUGCGGUGUUAUAUCCCUUUUUGGGGCCCUUUGUUAUGCUGAACUCGGCACAUCAAUAAUCAGAUCUGGCGCCGAUUACGCUUACAUUUUUGAAGCCUUUGGCCCAUUACCAGCAUUUUUGUUUUUAUGGGUCGCUUUGGUCGUUAUAAUACCUACUGGAAAUGCUAUAAUAGCAUUGGUUUUUGCCGAUUAUGUCCUUCAGCCCUUGUUUCCAGACUGUGAGUCUCCUGCUAUACCAAGAAGAUUUCUAGCGGCACUAGCUAUAUUGCUUUUGACCCUUGUUAACUGCUAUAGUGUUAAAGCUGCAACUAAAGUACAAGACAUAUUUACUGCUGCAAAACUUAUAGCCCUUGUUAUGAUCAUUAUCAUUGGAAUUGUAAAAGUUUGUCAAGGAAACGUUGGAAAUUUCCAAAACGCUUUUUCUGAUACAACUACAAACCCUGGCUCUUUCGCAGUGGCAUUCUACCACGGGCUAUUCUCAUAUGCCGGAUGGAAUUACCUAAAUUUUGUUACUGAAGAACUCCAGAAUCCGGCAAAAAAUCUACCUCGAGCUAUAUGGAUAUCUAUGCCCUUAGUUACUGGAAUCUAUGUCUUGGCUAACAUUGCUUAUUUCACUGUUCUAACACCCCAAGAUUUGAUAGAGUCUAAUGCAGUUGCAGUGACUUUUGCCGAUAGAGUCUUAGGAUUUAUGUCUUGGAUUAUGCCUUUAUUUGUGGCUGCUUCAACAUUUGGUAGUUUGAAUGGUUCAAUUUUUACCACAGGAAGAUUAUUUUUCACUGGAGCUCGAAAUGGACACCUACCAGAUUUUUUGGCUUUGAUCAAUCCAAAAUUUGCCACUCCAAUACCAGCUUUACUAUUUGUUUGCUUUCUCUCAUUAAUAAUGCUUAUCAAUGAAAAUGUUCAUUCACUCAUCACAUAUAUGAGUUUUAUCGAGUCUGGAACAAUAGGAGCCGCAGUUUUAGGAUUAUUGGUUAUGAGGAAGACUAAACCAAACUUAACAAGACCUAUUAAAGUGCACCUCUUCUUUCCCGUAUUUUUCCUUAUUAUUGAAGCUUUUCUCGUUAUAUUCCCAUUCGUCAGCAGUCCUUACGAAUGUUUGAUUGGGAUUUUAAUUCUUGCAACAGGUUCGUAUUAUUAAUAUUUGUCCAUCCAAAACAUCUUGGAAUAUCUAUACCAUACUUUUAAAUUCUAUUGUAUAGAUAUUGUAUAGAUGGAAAAUAAAUCAUGUAAUUCAUGUGCAAAUAUUUGAAAAAUUCAUAGUGUUAACUUAUUAAUUAUUGUUAGUCUGUUUUAUAUGGGACCCCUAUAAAAUCCAGUUUUCUAAACUCUUUUACAGGAGUUCCUGUAUAUUGGCUUGGAGUAAUUUGGACAUCAAAACCUCGUAUAGUACAAAAAUAUCUCCGUUCAUUUACAAUUUUGACGCAAAAAAUCCUUUAUGCACUACCGGAAAAUAUUGUAGAAGAAGAACAGGAAAUGAAAUCUCUAAACCAGAAAUCUGAUUAACGAUAUUAGCAAAAUAUUAAUGUUUUUAGAAGUAUUUGAUAUAUUUUAGGUCAAUUAUGGUUUUAUUUUGCGACUUGUUUGUUUUAAAAAAAAAAGUGAAAAAAAAGCCUUUUUUGUAUUAAACAUCCUACUUUUUGCUGUGCGUUAUUACUAUUUUAGUUUAAGUUCACUGUUUUUCCACAAGCAUGAAUAAUUACUUUGUGUUUGUCUUAUCAUUAAACAAUUAGGUUAGUUGGUUACUUUGCUCUAUUCACUAUUUCUUUAAAACAUUUUUUUGUGUGCCAUUAUUAUCAUUUCCCUAUAUUUUUCUGACAAAUACAUUUGUUUU